GAAGCAUCCUGGCUUCCGCAGUUCGAUGUGUAAUCAGACUCUUGCGCUCCAUUUCUUCCUUUCUUUCACGAUUUAUCGCGAUUUUUUUUUUUGGAUUAGGCAGCAAUCAGUUCUCUCUUCCCGGUGUCUCUGAGAAACAGGUGAUCCUGGUUAACAACGGUCAGUGUUUGGAUGCUGUUUCCUUGCCGGCGUUUGCAGGAUGAUAGGACCCGGCGAGCCUGAAUGAGAGCAUAACUUUACUUUGCAAGAGGAAAAACUUUCUAUUUUGGGGGGAAGGCGUUUUCACCAAAUCCCGUAGCGUCUAAAAGCAGAAGAAGUUGGUUUUAAAGCUGGACUUCUCCACUGGUUUUGGGAUCUGUGUGCGCGUGUCGAUUUCAAAGGCGGCUGCAUUUUUUUUUUUAAAGAAACGGUGGCCGGUUGGAAUAGACUUCUUAAAUGUUUGGGAUUCAAGAUACUUUAGGAAGAGGACCCAUUCUGAAAGAAAAAUCUCUCGCUUCUGAAAUGGAUUCCGUCAGGUCCUGGGUCAGAAAUGUUGGGGUGGUAGAUGCAAAUGUAGCUGCACAAAGCGGAGUAGCUUUGUCCAGAGCCCACUUCGAAAAACAACCACCUUCCAACUUGAGGAAAUCCAAUUUCUUUCAUUUUGUCCUGGCUCUCUACGACAGGCAGGGGCAGCCGGUGGAAAUAGAGAGGACCGCUUUUGUGGACUUCGUAGAAAAUGAUAAAGAGCAAGGCAAUGAAAAGACCAAUAACGGCACACACUACAAACUUCAACUCCUUUACAGCAAUGGUGUCAGAACUGAACAGGAUCUGUUUGUUAGGCUCAUCGAUUCAGUCACUAAACAGCCCAUCACUUAUGAAGGACAGAACAAGAAUCCAGAAAUGUGCAGAGUUCUGCUUACUCAUGAAGUCAUGUGCAGCCGGUGCUGUGAAAAGAAAAGUUGCGGCAACAGAAACGAGACUCCCUCGGAUCCUGUGAUCAUCGACAGAUUCUUCUUGAAAUUUUUCCUCAAGUGCAAUCAGAAUUGUUUGAAAACAGCAGGGAACCCCAGAGACAUGAGACGUUUCCAGGUUGUGUUAUCAACAACAGUGAAUGUUGAUGGACAUGUAUUGGCAGUGUCUGACAACAUGUUUGUUCAUAACAACUCUAAACAUGGACGGAGAGCAAGGAGACUUGACCCCUCAGAAGCCACACCAUGCAUCAAAGCUAUUAGCCCAAGUGAAGGCUGGACUACAGGGGGCGCAAUGGUGAUCAUUAUAGGAGACAAUUUCUUCGAUGGGCUACAAGUGGUAUUUGGGACCAUGCUUGUAUGGAGUGAGCUGAUCACACCUCACGCUAUUCGAGUCCAGACCCCUCCUCGUCACAUUCCUGGUGUAGUCGAAGUCACAUUAUCGUAUAAAUCCAAACAGUUCUGCAAAGGAGCCCCGGGCAGGUUUAUUUACACCGCUUUAAAUGAACCCACCAUCGAUUAUGGUUUCCAGAGACUGCAGAAGGUCAUCCCAAGGCAUCCCGGUGACCCAGAGAGACUAGCCAAGGAGAUGCUGUUGAAAAGAGCCGCUGACCUAGUUGAAGCACUGUAUGGAACGCCACAUAAUAACCAGGAUAUUAUUCUGAAGCGAGCUGCGGACAUAGCAGAAGCUUUGUACAGUGUCCCAAGGAAUCCCGGCCAGAUCCCUGCUUUGUCUAGUUCUCCAGCUCAUAGUAGCAUGAUGGGAAUCAACUCCUAUGGGAGCCAGUUAGGAGUCAGCAUCUCAGAGUCGACACAGGGGAACAACCAAGGUUACAUUCGUAAUACAAGCAGCAUCUCCCCUCGAGGUUACUCUUCCAGUUCAACACCUCAGCAGUCUAAUUAUAGCACCUCCAGUAAUAGCAUGAAUGGCUACAGCAAUGUCCCGAUGUCUAACCUGGGAGUUCCCAGCUCACCUGGAUUCAUUAAUGGCUCUCCAACAGGAUCUCCCUAUGGAAUAAUGUCUUCAAGUCCAACAGUUGGCUCUUCCAGCACUUCUUCCAUCCUUCCAUUCUCCUCCUCCGUCUUUCCUGCUGUCAAACAGAAGAGUGCCUUUGCCCCUGUCAUCAGACCUCAAGGGUCUCCUUCCCCUGCCUGCUCUAGUGGCAAUGGAAAUGGGUUUAGAGCCAUGACUGGUCUUGUCGUUCCCCCGAUGUAAAAGAAGAGGACAUUUUGCUUUUGUUUUGUUUUUCAUUUUUCUUUUACAGCACAAAACUACUUAUUGUGAUGGACCACUAAAAAGAAAAAAAAAAAAGCACUACAAGCUCUUUUUGGGGGGAAAGCCACACCCGGAAAAAAUAAAAAAACAACUGCUACAAAUCGGACAAGAUAGGAGUCUGGAUCUUUUGUAUGUUCCAUGUUUCUUAUGUAGCCAUGUCAACUCCUAAAACACUGCAAACAAAGAAUUAACCAAGAGCCAGGAUGGACAGCGGUUAGCAUGAUGGGGUCAGAAACAUAAGGUCUUUUUUGAUGGACAUGAAACCUUCCUAACGUUUGUAAAAUAUGAAAAGGAAAAAAAUUGGCAAAUGAUUCAAGCUUGAUAUUUUGGAUACUAUUUGUUUUACUUUGUAGGGGAAAAAAGUUGAAGUUUCUAUUUUCUAUGGAGCCUUUCAGAUACCAAUUUAGUUUAUGCAGGAAAAACAAACAAACAAACAAAACAGGGUACCAGCAUGGAAGAAUUUCUAGGACAAAUUGUCAUGAAUGAUGGAACUUUUGAUGUAUGUGUGUGUUUACUUAUAGUUUAAUCUCUUUAAACAAAUGUAAGAUGUUUUACAAUUAUUUAAAUAAACUUGUAACUUAUUGUAUGUAGAGGUAGCAAUUAAGACCUUUUUUGGACUUUUUCCUCCUGUUGUACAAUGAAGAAAAAAGAUGCAAAAAUGUAGUGACAAGUUUGAGACGUACUAUUAUUGCUGCCAUUGCUACUCCUCUCCCUCUGUUGAACUGUGUGCAAGGAUGUAUAGGAUUCUUUCCGAUUAACUCAUCACAAACUUUUAUACACAUUACAGUAUAUAUAUAAACCAGUAGUUAAUGUAAGAAUUUUAUCCACAUCUUUUCCCUCCUCCUCCAUCUUUUGCUUCACUUAAGAUUUUCAGGUACUGGGAUAAGGUGGUUAGUUUCAAAGACCCUGUUGGUAAAUGAAUGGCUUCUAAGGGCAUGUCUACACUUACCUCUGUAGCGAUCAAUCCAGCAGGGGUCGAUU